AUGCACAAGUUGGUUUACUCAGACCCCGACUAUUAUAAGCCUUCCUCCUUGGGCGUGAUAUACAAGAACCUUAGAGCUUAUGGUCAAGCUGCUGAUGCAGAUUAUCAGGCAAAUUUUGGCAAUGCGAUCUACAAGAGAUUGUCCCAAUUCAUACGGAAUCAAUCUCACUCGAACCGAGAGCGAAACUCGUUCGAUAUAUUGAAGCCCAUGGAUGGUAUAAUUGAACCAGGGUCAGUCACUGUUGUUUUAGGUAGACCUGGGGCCGGAUGCUCGACGCUUUUGAAGUGUCUUGCUACCCAAACUCACGGAUUCCAUGUUGACAAAGACUCCGUCAUUCUGUACGAUGGGCUUACUCCAAAAGAUAUAAAAAAACAUUAUAGAGGUGAUGUUGUAUACUGUGCUGAAACGGAGUCUCAUUUUCCACAGAUGACCGUGCAGCAGACCCUAGAAUUUGCGGCUAGAAUGAGAACUCCGAGAAACAGACCAGAGGGCAUAUCUCGAGAAGAUUAUGCAAAGCACAUGUCUGAGGUUGCAAUGGCUACUUAUGGCUUAUCUCAUACAAGAAACACUAAAGUCGGCAAUGAAUAUAUACGGGGUGUUUCGGGCGGUGAAAGAAAAAGAGUUUCUAUAGCUGAGGUGCACUUGUCUCGUGCAUGUUUGCAAUGCUGGGACAACUCAACUCGUGGAUUGGAUUCAGCUACAGCGUUGGAGUUUAUUCGAGCUUUAAAAACAUCAGCAGUCAUUACCAAGGUAACCCCCUUGAUUGCAAUCUAUCAGUGCUCCCAAGACGCCUAUGACCUUUUCGAUAACGUGAUACUUCUAUACGAGGGUUAUCAGAUAUAUCAUGGCUCAGCAAAAGCUGCGAAAGAGUAUUUCAUCAACUUGGGCUAUCAUUGUCCUCAAAGACAAACAACAGCCGAUUUUCUCACGUCGCUCACUAAUCCCAGUGAAAGAGAGGUCCGGAAAGGCUUCGAAGAUAAGGUUCCAAGAACGCCUCAAGAGUUUUACGAAAGCUGGAAAAGAUCUAAGGAGCAUAUGGAAAUUUUGAGAAGAAUCGACCAAGAAAUAAACUCAGAAGAUUUCAAGUUGCAAAGUGAAAAGUUUAUUGAGUCACAUCACGCACGUCAGGCGAAGGGAUCUCGAAAGCAAUCACCUUAUACGAUUUCGUUUGGUAUGCAAGUAAAGCAUCUUAUGGGCAGAAACUUCAGGCGGACACAGGGGGACCCUUCUAUCACACUUUUCUCAGUCAUCGGCAAUGUGAUUAUGUCGGUCAUUGUGUCGAACAUGUUCAUUGACUUGGAAGUUAACACAGAUUCUUUUUAUCUCAGAACUGCGGUCCUUUUUUUUGCCGUUUUGCUUAAUGCAUUUGGAUCUCUUCUAGAGAUAUUUGCGCUAUAUGAAUCUCGACCCAUAGUUGAGAAACACAAGACUUAUGCUCUUUAUCAUCCAGCGGCUGAUGCCUUCGCAUCAAUCAUGACAGAACUUCCACCCAAAAUUAUUCAAUGCAUCGCUUUCAAUAUCGUGCUUUACUUCACGGUUCAUUUAAGACGAAAUGCUGGCAGCUUCUUUUUCUACUUGUUGAUAAAUUUCUCAUGUACAAUUGCCAUGUCUCACUUGUUUCGAUGUAUUGGUGCUGCUACCAAGUCUUUAUCGCAAGCAAUGACUCCAGCUUCGGUGCUACUUCUAGCCUUAACUGUAUUCACAGGUUUCGUGAUCCCACCUCAAAAUAUGCACGGCUGGUGUAGGUGGAUAAACUACAUAGAUGUUGUUGCAUAUGCCUUCGAAGCGUUGGUUGCUAACGAAUUUCACGAUCGUCAAUUUCCCUGCUCCAGUUACGUUCCUUCUGGACCAAGAUAUCCAGAACUGGGCAAUAGCGUAAUAUGCUCCGUGAAGGGAGCUAUUCAAGGUGAGUCAUUUGUUGAUGGUGACAGGUAUAUUGGACUCUCUUUCGAUUACAAGAGCUCCCAUCGCUGGAGAAAUUUCGGAAUCAUCGUGGCAUUUGCGGUCUUCUUCUUCUUCUUGUACAUUUUCUUGGUUGAAAUCAACAAGGGAGCCAUGCAAAAGGGUGAAAUCCUCGUGUUUCAGGAGUCUGCAUUGCGUCAGAGGAGAAAACGUCUGCGGUUGAAUGAUAUUGAGUCCGGUUCAUCCAACGAGAAGUUGAAGCCUGAUGAGAUAUUUGACGAUGAUUCAGACAUAAGCGAGAAUAAAUUGCCGAAAACGUCUGAUAUCUUUCACUGGCGGGGAUUGACGUAUCAGGUUAAAAUAAAAUCCGAGAACAGAGUCAUUUUGAAUGGUGUCGAUGGUUGGGUCAAGCCCGGUCAGGUAACAGCCUUAAUGGGUGCAUCUGGUGCUGGUAAAACCACUUUGUUGAACGCAUUAUCAGAAAGACUUACUUCUGGUGAAGUGACUGAUGGAAGAAGGAUGGUCAAUGGCCGUGAACUUGAUUCCGCAUUCCAAAGAUCGAUAGGAUACGUUCAGCAGCAGGAUCUUCAUUUAGAGACCACAACUGUGCGUGAAGCUCUUAGAUUUUCUGCUUAUUUAAGACAACCAUCGUCGACAUCAAGAGCUGAAAAAGACGAUUAUGUCGAAUUCAUCAUCAGAUUGUUGGAAAUGACGUCUUAUGCUGAUGCUGUUGUUGGGGUUCCGGGCGAGGGUUUGAAUGUCGAACAGAGGAAGAGACUAACCAUUGGCGUUGAGCUAGUUGCAAAACCAAGGUUACUAUUGUUUUUGGAUGAGCCGACCUCCGGUCUAGACUCACAAACGGCAUGGUCUAUUUGCAAAUUAAUCCGGAAGUUAGCAGAUCAUGGCCAAGCAAUUUUGUGUACCAUACAUCAGCCUUCGGCAAUAUUAAUGAAGGAGUUUGAUCGGUUGCUUUUUUUGCAACAGGGAGGGGAAACUGUGUAUUUCGGAGACUUGGGAGAGAAUUGCCAGACUUUAAUCAACUACUUUGAAGGUGAGGGUGCUCCAAAGUGUCCACCGAACGCAAACCCGGCCGAGUGGAUGCUUGAAGUAAUAGGUGCCGCCCCCGGAUCACACACUGAAAUCGAUUACCACCAAGUGUGGCUCAAUUCGGAGGCUCACCUGAGAGUUUUGAAGGAAUUGGAUGAGAUGGAAAGUAAUCUACCUAUGAGACCAGUAGUUGAUGAUCCAGAAAAGUACAAAAAGUAUGCUGUUGGAUUUUCGACCCAAUAUGUUCAGGUUGUCAAAAGAAUCUUUCAGCAAUAUUGGAGAACGCCAUCUUAUACAUAUUCAAAGGUUUUAUUGUCAAUCGUGGCGUCAAUGUUCAACGGAUUCACUUUUUUUAAAGCCGAUAAUUCGCUUCAAGGUCUUCAGAACCAGAUGUUUUCAGUAUUUAUGUUCAUGGUGGUCUUCAAUACUCUCAUCCAGCAAUACCUUCCUCACUACGUUGCACAAAGGUCAUUGUAUGAAGUGAGAGAACGCCCAUCGAGAACCUUCUCCUGGAUAACUUUUAUUUGCGCAGUCGUGACGGCAGAAAUUCCAUGGAACAUCGUUUGUGGUACUUUGGCUUAUUUUGUGUGGUAUUAUCCCAUCGGUCUUUACAAUAAUGCAUCAGCAACGAAUACAGUUACGGAAAGGGGUGCAACCAUGUGGUUUGUUAUCGUAUGUUUCUACGUGUACACAUCGUCCAUGGGUCAGCUUUGCAUCUCAUUCAUGGAGUUGGCCAACAAUGCUGCAAAUUUGGCCAGUUUGCUCUUUAGCAUGAGCUUGAUGUUUUGCGGUGUUUUGUCCCCCAAGGAUUCAAUGCCCAAGUUUUGGGUCUUCAUGUAUAGAGUCAGCCCCUUUACUUAUUUUGUUUCGGCUAUUCUUUCGGUCGGUUUGGCAAAUUCUGAUGUAACGUGUUCCGAAGUUGAAAUUUUGAAGUUCUCACCUGGAGCUGGGCUCAGCUGUGGUGAAUAUAUGGAAAGCUAUAUCAAGUUUGCAGGGGGGUACUUACUAGAUGAAGAAGCCAUUGACGAGUGCCGUUUUUGCACGACGAAAUCCACAAACGUAUUCUUGGCUUCCAUCAAUAUUGAUUAUGACAGGCGGUGGAGAGAUAUUGGAAUAUUUAUCGCCUAUAUCUUUAUCAACAUCAUAGGAGCUCUCUUUUUUUAUUGGCUCGCAAGAGUUCCGAAAGGAUCAAGGGAAAAGCGUUCCAAAAAGCUUCUUCAAUAG